AUGCCUCUGAUCGGGCCGGAGAAGCGGGCUGCGCUCUGCCGGGCUUGGGCUCUGGUUUUUGCGCUGCUGGUGUGCGCUGCUUCUGUGACUGGAUGCCCACACAAGUGCAGCUGCUCCGGGUCGCAUGUGGACUGCCAGGGCCUGGGUUUGAAGACUGUGCCCAAAGGAAUACCGAGAAAUGCUGAGCGUCUGGAUUUGAACAGAAACAACAUCACCAGAGUCACUAAAGUGGACUUCUCUGGCCUCAAGAACCUCAGGAUUCUACAUCUAGAGGACAACCAAAUCAGUGUUGUGGAAAGAGGAGCCUUCCAAGACCUCAGACUUCUGGAGAGACUUCGCCUGAACAGAAACAAACUCCAGUUCCUCCCAGAGCUUCUCUUCCAGUCCAACCCCAAACUCGGACGACUAGACCUCAGCGAGAACCAGAUUCAGGCGGUUCCGAGGAAAGCUUUCAGAGGAAUCACAAAUGUCAAGAACCUGCAACUGGACAGCAACCACAUCAGCUGCAUCGAAGAUGGAGCUUUCCGAGCGCUGCGCGAUCUGGAGAUUCUGUAA